GGAAGAAGUAUGCCCACCGCAACGGGACCAAGUUCCCCAGAAUGUUGAGCUGGAAAACACCGGAGGGCCAGCGGAAACAAGAUGUCAAGGCAACCGACAUUGCACUGUUAUUCAACAGUCGGUUGGUGGUGAAGAAGUGCUUGUUUCCCCGGCCCAGUGAAGAGGCAUACUUCAAGAGUAUUAAUGAGGGUAGAGCCCCUCUUUGCUUUGAGAUGGACGUAGAACAAACGGUGGACGUUGAUGGUACACAAGAGUCUGUGUUUGAAACUCAAGCGAAGACCAUCAACGAGGCCGUGACAAAGGCAAAUUUAGUUCCACCACCACCGGCACCUGAAGUACACGAGCCAUCUACUUCAGCAGGUCCUUCUGCUCCAACCAGUACAACUGUGGACACUGACCUUGUAAAGAGGUUGGAUAGCAUUGAGGCCCGGCUGGAGAAGCUUGAGUCCCAGCAAGAAGCCGUCAUGUUGGCACAGACGGGGUUAGUAAAUAGCCAUCUCAGUAUGAGGCGGUCCUUCACAGAGAGUCAGAAAGAUCUGAAGGAGACUCUACUGGCUAAGAUGGACGAGUUGAUGGCUAUGGUAAAAGGAGCGCCCACACCUGGAGAGCCCACACCUGCACCGCAAAAUGAGGAACAACAGGCGAGUGAUAACGAAGAUGUCUUCCCAGAAGAUUGGGAAGCAGAUGAUAACGAGGCACCGUCAACGCCAUUGGACGCAAUCAUCACGGCCAUUGGGGAUACACAAUCACAGGACGAAGUCCUACUUCUACCUGCACCCCCAGAAAAUGUGCCAUUUGUGAGGAAGAGGAAGCCGCCAACGUACUUGAACGACUACACUGCGGAAAAGAAAAAGAGGCGAGUUCUUCCGGAGAACGUAGACCGGAGAGACCGGCGGACCGUAGAUUGCUUCCACAUAGAUGCCAUAUCACACUUGAUGAGGAGGAGACGCCAUCAUUUUCCAGAGUUGUACCCUCAGCCAGGUGUGAUUCUGGACACAACACUUCCACAAUUCCUCAUAGGCAUUUGGAGCUGCCAGACUGGUGACAGAAGUACGUUCGAAUGGCCAGAUGCGGUGAACUAG